AAAAAAAAAAAAAAAAAUCAAAAGUUGUAAAUCUCUAUCUCUCUCUCUUCUCCAUGUUCUCCUUCAACAGUAGCUCCGACUAACAUAUACGUCUCCGAAUAAGUGGAUCUUCGUCGAUUCUUCAUCGAAGCAGUUACGCAUUCAUCAUCUUCUUCCUUGGGAGUUUCCGGAGAGACUAAAGUCAAUCCAAAGUCUCCUUCGUUUCUUCUUCGCUAAUGCUAAACUAGAUUCUCGCUACUGUUCCAAAUCCGAGAUUCGAUUUUUGUUUUCUGGGAUUAUCAUAUCGAGAUUUAGUUUUCAAUGGAAUCACUCAGUUGCGUGCGGGAUACUCGAGUGUAUUGAACACAGUAUCGUGACUAUCGAACAGCUGGUAUUGAAUUGGUUGUGACUAUCGAACAACCUGAAUCUACUACGGUUGGUUUACUAGCUAUUUAGCUUUUCUUUUUGAGAAGAAGCGUUGAGGAAAAUGGCAAAGAUGAUAAACAAGACGCUUGUGCUAACAUAUAUCUACUUACUCAUCUACGUUCUUCUCUCUUCCGGAGUCAUACUCUACAACAAGUGGGUUCUAUCUCCCAAAUACUUCAACUUUCCGCUUCCUAUUACAUUGACUAUGAUCCACAUGGGAUUUUCUGGAUUUGUAGCCUUCCUUCUUAUUCGAGUAUUCAAGGUUGUCUCUCCUGUUAAAAUGACAUUCGAAAUAUACGUGACCUGUGUGGUACCUAUAAGCGCAUUCUUUGCAUCCAGCCUCUGGUUUGGAAACACUGCAUAUUUGCACAUUUCAGUUGCCUUCAUACAGAUGCUCAAAGCACUAAUGCCGGUAGCAACAUUUAUCAUGGCCAUUGUUUGUGGCACUGACAACGCAAGGUGCGACGUGUUCAUGAACAUGCUGCUCGUCAGUGUUGGAGUUGUGAUAUCCUCCUAUGGAGAAAUUAAUUUCAACAUAAUUGGCACGGUCUACCAGGUCAUGGGGAUAUUUGCUGAGGCGCUUAGACUGGUGCUAACUCAAGUUCUUCUUCAGAAAAAGGGCUUGACAUUAAACCCGGUCACAAGCUUAUACUAUAUAGCUCCCUGCAGCUUUAUUUUCCUGUCCUUGCCUUGGUAUGUACUGGAGAAACCAAACAUAGAAGUCUCGCAGAUCCAAUUCAACUUCUGGAUAUUUUUCUCGAACGCUCUCUGCGCACUUGCCUUGAACUUCUCCAUAUUCUUAGUAAUAGGAAGAACAGGAGCAGUAACCAUGAGGGUUGCUGGCGUUCUCAAGGACUGGAUUCUCAUAGCUCUCUCCACUGUCAUAUUUCCUGAGUCCACAAUCACCGGUCUGAACAUUAUUGGAUACGCAAUAGCACUAUGUGGGGUUGUAAUGUACAAUUACAUAAAAAUCAAGGAUGUGAAAGCGACUCAGCCAAUCACUGAUAGCCUCCCAGAUCGAAUCACUAAGGAUUGGAAGGAGAAGAGGUCGUCGGAUGGUGAGAGUCCCAGAGGAGGAGUAGAGCUUAAUGAUGAGGAAGCUCCUUUGAUAACGUCUUCACGGUUGUCACAUAUUGGGCGGACACAGCUCGGAAGCCACACUGCUGUCUGAGCAACGUACAGAUGAGACUGAGACAGACUCAUAUGUUGUCUCACUUCUCAGGUCAAAAUGUCUUCUUAUCUCUUUUGGAACCCAACAUUUUCUAAAUAUAUUUUUACCUUGAAAUUAUUACUUAACAUUGUUUAGUUCUUAAAAAAAUACAAAAUCUUCUGGCAAAGUUAUAAAUGUUUUCUUCCACCA